GAAAGAGUAACCAAAAUCUGGGAGAGGAGCUUUUUGCUCUAGUCCAAAUUUGAACACUGCAUGGACCUUCUUCUUAUAAUUUACCCGUACAGUGUCCUUUACCGAUUCUUGUCUUCAACAAUUCUAAACUUUUUUUUUCUUUCAAUCCUCUGUCAUGGAUUUUGCAGCCUACGCAUCUCCAUACCCCGACUCAUCCCCCGCCUACUCCGAGUCUUCUUCGACUCCUCGUACUCCAUCUCCUCAAUCCGUUGACCUCAUCCCCACUCAUAACUUUAAACAUCCGAUCCCCACUGUUCCAACAAUAUUUCAGGAAGACUCAUAUCUUCCAUCCGACGUAGGAUCAAUGAUCCAAAACGAUUCUUGGGUUUCCCAAGCCAACUACAACAAUUAUCCAGCGCCACAAAGCUCCCUCCUUCGCGAGUUGUACGAGCCGGAACCCUACCAGAGUGAAGCGUACAUCGACGAUCACGCCCACUACAAUGAAUGGCAGCACCAACAACAACAGCAGCAACAACAUCAUCAACAGCACCAGCAAAUGCACUUGCGCCAGCCCGACCACCAUACACUUCGUCGCGCCACUUUCCCUUAUGUCAGACAUGACUUCCCCCAGCACCAUAUACCUCACCACCCCCAAUUUUAUGACCAAUACCCGUCCAUGUACAAUGACUCGCUUUCAAUGUCCCCAGAUCCAUCUGAGUCCCGUCACCCCCACGAUCCUCAGUCCAUUAAGCUAGAGGACACCCCCCUCAUUGUUCCUUCCCAAUUGGGUUUCGCAGCUCAUACUCUUCACGGUCAUCACCACCCUGGUUUCCUCCCCUCCGGAGCCGGUGCUUCAGUGCCAAUUCAACACACAGAUGAUGCUGCUAGCAAAGAGACUCAGUACCUCAGAAGGCGUUGUUUUAAUUGCCAUACAACAGAGCCGCCUUCAUGGCGCCGCUCCACUCUCAAUCCUGGAAAGAUCGUCUGUAAUAAAUGUGGUCUUUAUGAGCGUACCCAUUUGCGUCCACGUCCCCUUCGCUUCGAUGAGCUAAGGGCAGGUGGAAAGACGCGUAAACCUGGCGAAAAGAAGGUACAAAAACCUGCUCCUCUAGCUGGUUCACCCCAGAUCAAGAAGGAGCCGCGAGAGUUCGGUAUGGCAAGGCGUAGCUCCGUUUCGAGCACCGCAUCGAGUGGUGGCGCAGUCAGCGACUGGGAUGAUAAUGUGUCGGUGUAUUCGUCACAGCCUCCUACCCCUGGCUCUAUCUCCGGCCCUCCUUCUAGCUAUUCAUCGCCUUCCAUUGCCACGUUUCCCAUUCCUCGUAGUUCGCAGAGCCCGCCUAUCGAUGCCGGCCCUCAGGGUCCAAUUCGUCUCCCUAACGCCCCGUUGACAGACAUCGCGUCUCUUCAACAACAGGCGCCUAGGAAGUCGGCAACUGCCCCGGGUUAUUUCCCCCAACCUCCAAUCUCGUACCAGGGACAGGAGAUGUUGCGUCGAGGCUCAAUGCCUAGGCUCUGCGAGCAGCCACGCCAAGUGCAGUUUGCUUCGCCGCAGAUUCCAACGCAAUCACUAGCUCCCCUGCAGGGCCCUACUUCGGAAGCGCCCGCUGAAAAGUCGCCGCAGAUCGCGCAGAUGCAGAUUUCGUCACCUCAAAUGAUCACUUCAUCGCCUGUACCCGCAACAGCCGAGCCACCGUCAUCCUGAGAGGACGGCACGAGACACGUGUUUUUCAUGCCUUACCCUGAUUAUCACGCUCGUUUGGAUCUUGGUAUU